AUGAACUACACCACACGAGCACUUUCAAGAGCACAGCACUUUCCUUCUGCCGGUCGCAUCGCAUACGGGCAAACAGUUGUGCAGCAAAGAAGACAGUUCUCGGCCACCCCCCAGCGCAACAGAGACCACCACUUUGACACACUCAAGUUUGUGCAAAGGCUGAAAGAUGAGGGCUUCACCGAGGAACAGGCAGUUGCCAUGAUGAAAGUCCUGAGUGAUGUCGUUGAAGAGAGUAUCCAAAACCUCACGCGGACAAUGGUACUUCGUGAAGACCAAGAGAAGGCCACAUACACGCAAAAGGUCGACUUUGCCAAACUUCGCUCAGAGUUGCUCUCAGCCGACUCGACAGAGUCAUCCUUGACGCGCGCCUCACACGAACGUCUGACCAACGACCUGGCCAAACUGAACUCAAGGCUACGUGACGAAGUUCAGCGUACACAAGCAUCAGUGAGACUGGAUCUCAACCUGGAGAAGGGCAGAAUCAGAGAAGAAGCAAACUCGCAGGAUCUCAAGAUCAAGGAGACCGAGACCAGGAUUGAACAGGAAGCGGCAGCACUAAGAGAGCGCCUUGAACAAGUCAAGUUCUCGACUCUGCAAUGGUUGAUGGGUGUAACGACGGGUACUGCCGCCAUUAUCCUUGGUGUGUGGCGUUUACUCAUGUAG